AUGGGGAUCUUCACACGCCGUAACAGAACCGGCUCAAUAUCAAAUCACAAUAACAAUAACAACGUAACAGAACAUAUUUUGGAACACGACAUCCCCGAUCCUUUUGCCGCAGGUUACAACGAUGGGUCAAUUGGUCUGCGUGCCCGUUCUGAUUCUCGAAGCUCAGUUAAUGUAACAGCCUCAUCCACCCAGCCACUUACAUCCUCCAACAUUAACAAUAUCUCCGGCACCCCUCCAGGGCUUCGAAAGAAGUCGUCAAAAUUAUCUCUUCACUCAUUGAGUAACGAGGAAUCAACUCGUCAACGAUCUUAUCUGAGACUUCAUAACCUUGUCGCGUCAUCACAAGAUCAAGAAGGGCUGCCGAAUGACAAGAUUCGCCAGCUUAAUUUUGGUAUUGGCAUUCCAGAAAUCGAUAAUACUAGCACCACUGGCAGCGACACUAGGCUCUUAACUGCGAAUAAUACCGGAAACUCAACCGCCCCAAGUUUGUCUUCACCUUUGCAUUUGCAAAAAAAACCUCGUCGAAAGAUUAGCGUAACCGAACUUAACCAUAUCAGAAAUCAUAGUGUCACCAGCAGUACUAUGGAUAUACCUCUGUUUGAAAAUCAGCAUUUUUUCCUGAAUGCUCCAAUAAACGCCGUCAAUUCAAAUGCAAACAUGUCUAUUGCAUCAUCCAAUAUCUCUGAACAUCGCUCUCAGAAAUCCAUUGCCCAAUCGCAACAGAAGGAACUACCACCACAGCCAACAGAGCAGCAUCACCAGUCAUCUCAAAAAGUUCAACCCCAAUUGAAUACAAAGAAAUCAUUCACAUUUUUCAACAGGUUGAUGAAACCAAAUAAAAACAAAUCAAAUAAUAAUCUGAAUGAUGCUACAGCCUCAAACGCCGCCGCCGAAAGAUACGCAAGUAAUCUGCAAAUGGAAAUUGUCCAGACAAAUCUAUCACUUGAUGAUAUGUUUAAUGAUACUGAUAUGCUUGAAGAGUCAAUAAGAGAUAAGCCUCUACCACCAAUACAGAACCAAGACAACAACAAGAUCAACCAACUCUCUCAAAAACAGAAUGCCGAGGAUUCGGCACCAAUUUCUCAGCAAAUAAUGUAUCGCAAGCGGCCUAUUGAAUCCGCUCCUGAUUCAAGAUUAAGUACUCUAACCGAAGACCUGUUUUAUUUCAAUUCAAGGGUACCAACAACCCCAGUAUACGCAGCUAGUGGUGGUGACACUGGGUCAAGAAUUACUGUCAAUGGGAAAGAAAAGUUUUUGGCUUCUACUAAUGAAGGAUUUGAAUUGCCUUUAAACGAAGAUUGCAAUGGUGAUUCAUACGCACCUGAACAAAAUGAUAAUAAUGAUGAUGAGCCUUUGCAUAAUAAAUUGUUGCCUCCAAUUGGCGAUGAUAUCAAUGAAAAACCGGGGGUUCACUCAGAUGACGAAGACGAGGAUUUGAAGAUUUCUGAUGGCUUCAAGGCAAAUGAAAUUUCAAAUAAAACACCAGCCACAUUGAAAACUACUCCCGGCGCCACCACAGCUUCAUCACCAGCCUCAGCUUCCUCAAAACUUAGUAGAAUCAUCUCAAGGAUGUCGCUUGGCGGAAUUACAUCACCAAAAAGUCAUCGAAAUUCACUUAUUUCUUCCAUAACUGCGGGAAAUACUAAUGGGAAGAGCUCCAAGUCUAGUACAAAAAAUAAGAUUUUGCGGAUUUCUGUUUCAGAUAGUCUCUACAAUGAACCCGAUUUUGACAAUAUUGCACAAAAAACUUCUCAAGAGCAGGGCAAGAAACUGCAGAAUGAUUCACGAGAAUUCAUUACUGCUGAUGAUAUUCCAUUGCUGUCCCCAAAUGUUUUGAAGGAUAACUCUGCCACCCCUGGUAUCCGCACUCCAACUAUUCCAGAUAAUGAAAGUGGUAAAGCCAGUGAUACUGACUAUACUGGUGAGUCCAACAAUUUACCUACUCCGACUGUGGGUUCUAGUCAGUAUUUUGAGAUGCUAAUGGAUGAAAAACCUAAGAACAGUGACUUGAACAAUGAAAUAUUAACUCCAGGAUCUCAACAAGCCGAUCCAAUAGGCGAUCUCAAUGAAUCUUCACCAGUUGAAAAUCUGAACACCACCACUCCUGGAGAAAUAAAAGCUUCAAAAUCUGAAUCCCAGCAAUCACAAGGCAAAACUAGCCACUCCCUUUUCAGAUCUCCAACCAGAAGAUUAAGCAAAAGAUUAUCUGGAAAAUUUAGUAGUUCACCAUUGGUAUCUUUUUAUAAAAGUGCUUCUCCUAAAAGAUUCUCACCACUUUCAUCCAAUAAUGCUGCUGCCAACGGUGAUACUUCACCAUUGGACGCUAUCAAUGUACCAGAACUUUCUAAUGACAUCAACAGCUCAAUACCUUCUUCAACUCCGGCGGAAUCUGAAAAUUCAAGUUCUGCAAAACUGCAAGCCCUGUCUUCGGAUAACGCUGAGAUUAUUGAAACCGCUAUUGUUGCAAAGAAAGUUGUUGGGGUUUCUCCUGUCAAGGUUAAUUUUUCACAAUCAAAUGAUCCGAGGGAGAGAAAAACUAACCAAUCUUUACCAUAUAAUCAAUUGAAAGCUACAGAGCCUACUGAUUAUCUGAAUGCCCCUUCUCUGUCACUGUCGAUAGCACUACUGAUACCGGUACACGUGGAUAAUAAUGAUGUACCUAAACUGUUGGGGAAAAUUGAGACCACUAAUGAUUUCUUGGCUUUUGAUGAUUCUAUUGAGGACCACAAUUAUACUCAACUUUCACCAAUUGAGGAGGUUGAUUCUCCACAAAGUGCUAGAAUUGGUCGGGGGAUGUUAUCUGCAGCCCAUAGAGAUAUUCCAUCUAUCACAUCGUCAUUGAGUAAACUAGCAGGAGUGGAUAUGCCUAAUGCUAAUAAUAAUUUAAUGAUUGGUGAUAGAGGUUCAGGGACCGCUAGUAGUAGUAGUGGGUCUGGGAUUGCUAGUGGGUCAUUUACGGUGCUUAAAGAAGAUGAAACCACGGAUUACACACCGAUGGGCAGUAAAAGCUCUUUGAAAUCCACUGAAUUGGUGCUGUCAAAUGUAAAGCUGAUUAAACAAAAUGAUGCAAAUGGAUUGGAUCACCACAGCAUGAUUUCGAGGAAUAACGUUCAUGGCCGUAAUCAACAAAUUACCAAUGAUGAUACUGCUGCUGCUGGUGUUAUACUGUCUGACCAAAAUCCACGUUCCAAGGCAAUCAAAGCACAAAGUAAACUCUCAGAGACUUUUACGCUUAAUGACCUUGAACAUCAAAGUCAAAGAAAUGCAAGCACAGACAGCAUUGACGGGAAAUCUAAGGCAAAUGUCAGCUUUGGCGAAAGUGAUACUAGUAUGAACAGUUUGAGUGUUGGUAAUGUGCGUGUGAGAAAACCUCGUUCCCCUAGAACAAUGACUUCAUAUCAAGAAGAUUUCUUGACUCGACUGGCAAAAACUUUGUCUACAAUUUCUGUUAGCACUAACAAAAGAAAUACCCUCAGGCCAAUAUCCGCGACCUUCAGAACUCCAUUGUUACCAGACUAUGAGGAUGACGUUGAUCAAACUCCAAUAUUGCCAACUGAUGGGAAAAACAAUAGUCAGAUCACUUUGAAUUUUGCUGAAAAACCAAUCAGAGAGGUCAUUGAUGAAAAAGACUUGCAAGAAAACAGCCCGGCUAGGAUUAACGAAAUGGCAGGAAUGGAAGAAUCGAACUUUGACAAUAUCAAUGAUAUUCCAAAAAUUUUGGAAUUCCAAAAAAAUAUCGCUGAUGUGACUCAAAAUGUUCCACCAGAACUUGUGGAGCUUUUGCAAAAAGAAGGGUUCAAUGAUUUCACUUCUCCUAAAUCGGUUGACAUUAAUUAUGAAAAUUUCGUACAAAGUGAUGAGUCGCUGACUAGAUCAACUUCUGAGUUCGAGUUUGCCACCGAUAAGGAUUAUUCUAAGAAUAAGAAACUUGACUUCGCGGUACGUUCUAUACCAAUUGAAAUGUCUAAGGACCCAAUUUUUGCCAACAUUUUAAACGGUAAUGAGUCUAAUCCAUCAAGCAGUGAAGUUGAUACGAUUGCCAAGUCUCCAUCCAAUAUUGGUUCAAUAGAGGUAUAUGAUGUGGCUGCCGCCCCAAAGCAACCAAAAUACCCACCGCCAGUGCCAGGAUCUUAUCAUCCUACAAUUGCUGAGGAAUCGGAAAAUGAAUCCCCAGUUUUUCAAAAUGGUGACGAUCUGUUAGCCAGUUACAAUGGACCUACUGCUAAGACCACGAGUAAAAUGAGAAGUAAUAGCAAUAGUGAUAAUCCAUUUAUUGAUAACGGUAAUAUUACUGCGAUCCAAAACUACGAUGGUACCCGAUCGAGCAUGUCAUUACCAAGGAAAUCUAGUCAAUUGAGUUUGAACAAGAUUCUUUAUUCUAAUGCCAACGCAAUGGCCCUGACGGUUUCUGAUUUUGAUGGAAAUACUAUCCAAAUCAGCAAUAGUAAUAGUAAUAGAACUUUAACUAAAGGAUUCCUGUCUCCAACAACAUCACCAUUCAAAAGAUCUACUCAAUUAAAGCAUUCUAAUAGUUUAAGGUUAGUCACCACCACUCCUCGUGCUAAAGAUGCAUCGAAUGCUAAGACUCCCGAAACUGAUCGCAAGCUAUCGAACUAUGAUACCUCAGAGUUGAAUCAAUCCAUGACCGACUAUAGCAUGCGAUCACCUGAUUCUUUAUAUUCUGCCAAUAGUCUGUUUCGCCAUCGGGCAUCUUCUGUUGGUCUGCCAAAACAUAAACCUUCAUUAUCCAAUAGUACUACCGACUCAAUCUAUCAAGAAGUUUAUGGCAAUUUGAAAUUACGAGAUGGAUACCGUAGUGAUUUGUCAUUGAACGCCAUGAAGAAAAGUCCUAGUAUCACUUCACUUGACUUGAAAGGGUAUCAUCGGAGUAGGCACUUCAGUUCAGACUUGCACACUGACUCUUCUAUUGAUUUGAGUUUCUUUCAAUCGUCGGAGGAGUCCAAUGAAUUGGCGCUGUUGUUCAUCAAGGCUAUCCAUACAUUUGAUGCUACAUCCUUAGAAUCAGAAGACCUGGCGAUUUGUUUGAGUUUUGAGAAAGAUGAUAUUGCGUUUGUUUUCAAUAUAGAUGAGUCUGGAUGGGGUGAGGUUGUGUUAUUGAGUAAUUUAUCUAAAGGCUGGGUUCCUAUGAAUUAUUUCAAUUCCGCCAUCGAUGAUUCGCAUCUGGAAGAUAACAAAUCCGCUGCUAAGAUUGCCGAAAGCAGGAUUUAUUUAAAACCGUUAUUUGUUGCGGCUGCUGGGUUUUUGUUGAAUCCCCAAGAAGUUCCAACCGGUGAUGCUGGGUUGUUUACAUUUUCAACAAAGCAUAUGAAUGAUAUCAGAGACGGGGUUAAGUUGUUAUUGCAACAAACUGACUGUAUUUCCCGCGCGGCCCCAAUUGUUAAUAAACGACCAGUCAUCAGAAAAGUUAGAAAAGCUUUACUUGCUGAUUGGUAUACUUUAAUGUCUAAGGCGGAAAAGUAUAAGGGGACCACUGAUGAAACCAAGAUCAAUUUCUUGAAGUCAUUGACAUAUAAGGUUUUGAUUAAAGGUUUAGCAUUUUUGGAUAUUUGGGGUGAUGAGUCUGUGUCAUAUGAAAAGGAAAAAGAGAAAUUGAAGAUCGAAAAGAAAAACCGUCGUCGCAGCAAGAGAGGGCUGAAACAUGAGAAAGUGCUCUAUUUGGAGCGUGUACCAUUUGCGGUGGAGAGAUUAGAGGAGGUCAAAGAUUUGUUAUUCAAAUAUUUGUCGUUGAUUUUGGGGAGAUUGGACGUUGUGGAAAAUAAUUAUCUGGGAUGUGAACAAUUAGAAAGCAUUAUUCACCAGGUGAUCUUACUUUUGAGGGAGCUUUUGUUUAUUGGAAAAUCUGCUACUGUAUUAUUGAAUUCCAGUAACAUUUCCCUCGAUAGCUCCUUAGAUAACUUGUUGGCUUAUGUUAGCGACUUGGUCACCAGCGUCAAGCACUUGGUUGCUAAGGCUGAUGUGGAAGAUGAUUAUGAUGAUGAUUAUGAGCCUUCCAUCAAAGAUGAAGAUUACUAUUAUUCCAAAGAAGGCACUAAGUUGAUCAGGGUGGUUGCACAAAUGAUUAUCUCGGUAUCCAAAGCCAUGGGUAGCUGUCAACAAUUGUUAAACUUGACGAAAGAUUUUCAAUUGAAUAUCUAUCGAAAGUACCCUGAUUUUGAAUCCAUGAGGAUUACUCCUACAGAAUUCAUUAGGAAAUGUGUUGUUGGGUUGACAGAAAAUCAAUCGAUUCAUUAUAAAUUGAAUGGUGUGUCUGAUUUAUCAACAAACAGAAGAAGUAGUGCUUCCUUUAGGUACUCCCAUAUUAGAGGUGGUUCCAAAAAGAACUUGUCCAUCACUUUUGAUGGUUCCAGAAUUUUGAAAGAAUUUUUAUCCAACAGUGACUCUGAUCCUAGGGACUCUGUCAUUCCAAUCACCAACGAGGAAUAUGAUUCCGAAUAUUCUGUCGACACUUUGAUGAAAGAAGUGGUUUAUGAUGAUAAUAAGAAUGUCAUUGGUGCAAGUUUCAAGUCCUUAGUCUUCUUGUUAGCCAAUGAAAGAACCCAUGCUAGUACCUUUUUCAUUUCCACAUUCUUCAUGUCUUUUAGAAAUUUUGCGUCCACUAGAGAGUUGAUCCACGAAUUAAUUAAGAGGUUUGAUAUUGGGGAUAGAGAAAAAGAUUUUUUGAUGAGAAAUUAUAGAUUGAGGGUUAAUGAAGUUAGCGUGUACGACUCAAGAUUGAUGAACCGAAGAAAAACCAUUCUUGCGGUGAUUCGUAUUUGGUUAGAAAGUUACUGGGACUACGAAAAAGAUUUCCUGGAGUUACCAACUAUGGUCAAUUUCUUGAAUGAGGGUGCCAUCGCCUACGUUCCAAAUGAGUCUUUAACCAUCAUUGAACUUUGUGCCAGAUUGGCUAUCAAGCAUCCAUCUAAAAAGAAGCUCGAGUCCAUGAAUUCAGAAUACCUGCAGUUGAUCUCCAGAAGAAUUGGGUUACCAAGAAAGAAUUCCGUCGGGUCCGAGUCUUCGACCAGUCUAAUUUCUGCUUCUGAUUCUGAACAUGAUUUAUCUUCUUUGAGUCUGAACUCAUCAAUGUCUCUGUUAGUGUCGUUGAAUUUGCCAAUGAAUUUUAGUAAUUAUCAUAUCAGUACCAUCAUGAGUAAAAGUCAAGGGGCGACUUUGGAAAAAUCGGUAGCGGCGUUUAGGAAUAUCCUUGGGGAUAGCUGGCCGACUCCAAGAUCAUCAUCCGCCGAUUACAGUGCCAACGGGAAAUUAUUCCAGACUCUAGAGUUGAACCAAAUGAUUGAUGCUUGGUUUUCUGUUUGUUCAAAGAAAUUAAACAUUGAGCCACCAGCGGUUGCUACUGAAUUAACCAGCCAUAAUGCUGUAGAUACCGCCAAGCAAUUAACGGAUAUUGAAUCGAGAAUCUUUUUGGCAAUCCGUCCAGAAGAGUUGCUUGAUGAAAAUUUUAGAGAAAAGAGAAUCCACUUGAAGAAGAGUGUCAAUGUUGAGAAAUCCGUGUUGUUUACUAAUUUGCUAUCAGAUCUUGUGAGUGAUACUAUCUUGAGUCCUGGCCAAUCUAUGAAAGCUCGGGUUGCCAACAUUAAGCAGUGGCUUAAAAUUGCUGCUGCUUGUUAUCAAUUGAGAAAUUAUAACUCUUUGGCAGCUAUUAUGACAGUGUUACAAUUAUCGGCCAUUAGUAGAUUGGACAGAUUAUGGGCAAGUUUGAGUGGGAAAUAUAUGGACACGUUUGAAUUUUUGGUGAAGAUCAUCCAUCCAAAUAAAAAUUACAAAGUUUAUAGAAAUUUGAUCAAGCCAUAUAUGAUGAGCGAGGACAAGAAGUCACCAAUGGCGAUUGUUCCUUAUUUCAAUCUUUUCUUACAAGAUAUUAUUUUUGCCAAUGAUGGUAAUAGAAGCAAGCGAAUUAUUACGAUUGAUGGCGAAGAAAAAAGCUUGAUUAAUUUUGAUAAGCACUCUAAAAUUGUGGAUACAAUUUCCAAGUUGGAAUACUUCCAAGUCACGUACCCUGAAGGAGAUGCCAAUAAUUCGACUAAUGCUUCGUCUUCGAGUUCAAAACCUUCGGUGUUUUCCUUCAGUCCUAUUAGUAACAAUGAAAGUUAUGAUACUAUUGUAUCGAAUCCAGCAUUUGAAGAAUUCAUCUUGUUCAAACUUUGGGCCACUCAACAGUUCAAUAUUUUAGACUAUGAUAGAUUCUGGAAAUACAGUUUAGAGAUCCAGCCGCAAAAUAAUCUGAAUUGA